GAGACCUCUUCUGUCUCCUUUCCUCCCCCGCCGCCCCCAAACCCUGAGCUCCUGCUAGGGUUUCGCCGCCAUGCCGCAGGGAGAUUACAUUGAGCUUCACCAGAAGCGCCAUGGACGGCGCCUGGACUACGAGGAGCGCAAGCGCAAGCGGGAGGCGCGCGAGGUGCACAAGCGAUCCAGGAAUGCCCGGGAGUUGCUUGGUGCCAAGGGUAAGAGGUUUGCUAAGAAGCGGUAUGCCGAGAAGGCUCAGAUGAAGAAGACCCUGAAAAUGCAUGAUGAGUCAACUUCUCGGCAAAAGGUUGAUAAUGUUCAAGAGGGUGCUCUUCCUCCAUACCUGCUGGACCGUGAUCAGACACAACGUGCCAAGGUUCUCAGCAACACAAUUAAGCAAAAGAGGGCGGAAAAGGCUGGCAAAUGGGAAGUUCCUUUGCCAAAGGUCAGACCUGUGGCUGAAGAAGAAAUGUUCAAAGUUCUACGAACUGGCAAGAGAAAAACCAAACAGUGGAAGAGAAUGGUAACUAAGGCUACCUUUGUUGGACCUGGGUUUACAAGGAAACCACCAAAAUAUGAACGGUUCAUUAGGCCAACUGGCCUUCGUUUCACAAAAGCCCAUGUGACUCACCCUGAGCUGAAAUGUACUUUCAACCUUGACAUAAUUUCCGUGAAGAAAAACCCAAAUGGCCAAAUGUACACUUCUCUUGGUGUUUUGACAAGGGGAACGAUCAUUGAGGUUAACGUUAGUGAACUGGGUCUGGUAACCCCUGCUGGAAAAGUUGUUUGGGGUAAAUAUGCGCAAGUUACAAACAACCCAGAGAUGGAUGGCUGUAUCAAUGCUGUCUUGCUCGUGUAAGGACGCAAUGCUACACUUCAUUCUUCGUGUUGUGACUUCUCACCCAAGAUGUACCCGUUCGGUGGGUCUUUUUUGACCGAUCAUUCACAGGAGCGAGUUGUAAACCCUCAUAUGUUGUGAUAUUAGUUCAUGCUAGCUUGCUUGGAAUACAUUUGACAUUAUAUAUGGUAAUGCAGCAAAAAUCUUCCGCCGUUCGAGUUCCAA